CAUUUCACUCCUGACGUAGCACGGAACAGAACCAAUAAUUCGUGGUUCCCCACUGAGAAAAUCCGUGGACCGUUGGCUGCGUAAUAUGUAUGCAUGUUUCAUGAACGUAGAAGAGUUCCAAAGGUAACAGAGGGAGAGAUAAGACCUUAUCUGGACAUGGCGGCAACGUCCGAGAGCGACGGUGAUUUCGAGAGUGCUGACGAAGAGUUGGGACGUGGUGCGUCCAUCAGAAGAGACACGCGAAUGACCUACUGGACGUCACCGACAACGGUGGACUCCGAGUCGGACGACGACACCGAGUACGUUCAACGUAUGCCUUGCAGGAGUUCGAGUUCGCAGAAAAAAAACGAAGUCUGGAUAACGAAUUUGCCAGAUGUGCCGAUGAGUUCUAUGACAGUUAGCGAUAAGGAUAGUAAGGCUGAUAGCGGUGUCAAAGUUGAAAGUAACGUACACGAGGGAAGGUCAGCUGAUUGUGCGGAAAAGACUACCGAUGAUAAGCAAGAAGACGCGUCUGUCUCGGUCGAAGCUAGCGGAUCAUCUGUAUCAACCUCUGCGAUGGAAAAAAAAGACUUGAAUCCUGUACUAGGGAGUAGCAAGAUUGCGAAGUCGAAAGAUACUGUAUCUAAAGCAGAAGCCGCAAGAUCUGAGGAAGUCUCUCGAACGCCGCGACAGAAUCCAACCCGUCAAUCGAAUGUGAAGAAAUUAGGAACUAAAAUUGCUAAACAACAUAAUGAAUUUCUUGUUACAGAUGAUGUAACUGCAAAACGAGAUGAGCAUUCAAUCGAGAAUUUAAAUAAGGAAUCUUUACAGUCUGAAAUCAAGGAUGCGGAAUGUAGAUUGCAAGAGAAAUCUGAAAACCGACCGACGGACAAUCGACCUGAAUCACAAAGUACAGAUAAUGUAGAGAAUUUGCAGGAAGUAGACAUGCCCGAGGAACUAAAGUCGAAUAAGAAAUUUAAAGAAGUUUUCCAGCCCGAGGGUUGGGAAGGCCUUGGAAGUGACAUUGAAUUACCCGAUGAGUUGACGGAAGAGAAAUUACAACCCAUAUUGGAGAGACUCAGCUUAGUGAACAAAGAGCCGGAAAGUUCUUUGGAAAGCUGGAGCAACUGGGGAAACUGGGGUGUAACCUCAUUGAUCAAUACCGCCACCGCGGGUGUAUCAACUUUAACCAGCCACGUGUCCCAAGGACUAACACUUUUCGAUAAUACAUCGGAAGCGGCAGAGCCUACGGAAAUGACAAGUGCGAAACAAGAUGCUACACCUGGUGAUUCGGAGAUGUCGGAAAGUCAGGAACAAGAAAGCUCGUUAUACAGUUCAUUCGGAUUUGGGAAUAUCAUGUCGGGAAUGUCGUCGAUUACAAAAUUGGUUGAGUUGACCAGUAGUAAAGUUAUGACGGGUGGUUUGGAUACGUUAGAAGCUAUCGGCAAGAAGACAAUGGAGGUGCUGCAGGAUGGUGAUCCAGGAUUGAAGAAGAAAAGAGCCUUCUUCAUGAACGAGACGGACAAGCCGAUUUUAUCGCAGAUUCUCCGAGAGGCGAAGGAAAAGGCUGAGAUUCAGGAAAGAACGAUCGAGGAACGCACGUUAUCCAGGAAGGUGCACUUCGAGACCCUUUUCGACGACUAUCAGGGACUUGUUCAUCUGGAAGCUUUGGAAAUAUUGUCGAAACAAAGCAAUAUGAAGAUUCAGCAACACUUGAUCGAACUUGACGCGAACGAGUUACUUUCCGUGCAGGAGACGUUGGAGGAAAUCAAAGAAUUGUGCGAUCUGGGCGACGAGUGCGAAGAGGAGAGGAGCGAGAAAGAAUUCAAGAACAGAUUAGAGACAUCCUGUCACGAUCUCGGCGUUGACAUCACUUACGAGAAGCUACACGGUGUUUGGACGGAAACGGAGAAUUAUCUCGCGUCAUCUUCGACAUACACGAGUCAGGAGAUUUUUCAGACCGCCGUGUCGACGUUAGCGCAGUUCACGGCAUUUUCCGUAGAGAGGUUUCACAAGACGGCGGAACUGCUGUUGAUCAAAGAACGGCGUAGUACGGUGAACGAGGCCGACGCCUUGGUGGGGCUCGCUAAUAUUUUGUGCGAGCAGAUCAGUUCGUUGGCGAAUUCAUUCUGCGACACGUUGAACCGAUUCACCUCUGAAGCCAUCCCGGAGAGGUCGGAUGACGUCAACGCAAAUAUAACGACGAUUUUCUUAGAAGCUGCUAAUGCAAAUUCGUAUAUUCAGGACGCCUAUAGACUCCUUAUUCCCAUCCUGCAAAUCGGUGCUAUUUGAUAAGGUAUUAUAAAAUGUAAACAUACUUUUUUAUCGCUUAUAUUUAACGAUAUAUUCUCUAGAUUAAAUAUAAUUGCCGAUCGUACGGACAUAGAAAUUGUAUAUUGUUACUGUAUUAUCCCGUUUUGCAAGUGUUUCUGCUUUCUGUUCACUCAAGAUUGCAUUUAUAUCCGAAAAAGGGACCAACUUUAGCUUGAUAUAUUUAUCUAUUUUAGUUUAUAUAUAUACGAUAUUCACGAUAUUCUAUUUAAUUACAAACUCGAGAGAGAGAGAGGGGAAGGGGAGGGUGGGAGAUAGAGAGAGAGAGAGAGAGAGGAAAUGUAUAAAAAUAUAUAACGUUUGACAGACUGAUCGAAUUUCAGUAAAAAAUUAUUUUAAUAUACACUUAAAAGUACUAAUAAUACUAUUACUUUGAAAUAAUUAAACUUUAGAUAUUUAAUAUAGAACAUAAAAGGUAUAAGGAUUUUAAUUACAGAACAUUUGUAACGUAAAAUACAAAUUUCAAUAAAGCUCACCAUAUAUAAAUGUAUGUAUAUAUAUACAUGUAUGUAUAUAUAUACAUGUAUGUAUAUAUGUACAUAUCAACAAUGCGCACAUAAAAAUGAUAAGAAUGUUAUACAUGAUUUCGUGUGUGAUCAAAGUACAGGACAUAUAAAAAUACCUCUCGAGUCUUGUUAUAUCGUUAGUACUAACAAUCCGGCAAAGGAGACUUUACAAUAUAUAUACUGGAUAUGAAUAAUAAGAUGAGAUUUGUGAGGAUAAUAAAGUAAUGUGAAGAUCUCGAGACA